AUGUCUUCUAAAACUCAAAAUCCUAUGCGUGAAUUACGUAUUGAAAAAUUAGUCUUAAACAUUUGUGUUGGUGAAUCAGGUGAUAGAUUAACCAGAGCUUCAAAAGUUUUAGAACAAUUAUCAGGUCAAACCCCAGUCCAAUCAAAAGCAAGAUAUACCGUUAGAACUUUUGGUAUUAGAAGAAAUGAAAAAAUUGCUGUACAUGUUACUAUUAGAGGACCAAAAGCUGAAGAAAUUUUAGAAAGAGGUUUAAAAGUUAAAGAAUAUCAAUUAAGAAAUAAAAAUUUCUCUGCUACUGGUAAUUUUGGUUUUGGUAUUGAUGAACAUAUUGAUUUAGGUAUUAAAUAUGAUCCAUCUAUUGGAAUUUAUGGUAUGGAUUUCUAUGUUGUUAUGGGAAGAGCUGGUGUUAGAGUAACAAGAAGAAAAAGAGUUAGAUCUACCGUUGGUAACAACCAUAAAACUAAUAAAGAAGAUACUAUUCAAUGGUUCAAAACUAGAUAUGAUGCUGAUGUUUUAGAUAAAUAA